GGACACUUCUACCCAGACAGUUACUCCUGGUGCUGCUCUGCCCAACUCUGUUUCUUCAGAAGAGGGCUUCGGAAUUACUACUACCACUACUACUACUACCACUACUACUACUAUUACGACUACUACUAUUACUAGCUGGUGCUGAAGAACUCCUCUCGGUCGUCUCUUACCGUUGAUGACAUCCGAAUCUGUGAAGAUGAAUAUCGGCUUCGUUGCUCUAUUGACGUGCACGUUACUUGUUGGUUCAACCCUGGGGACUAAGCUAGGCCAGCCGCCCAAACCCCCCUGCAAACCGGGCUUCUCCCAGAACUUCUACACAGUGAUUGUCUCAAGGGAUAUACUGCGUGGCCAAAGCAUUCUUAAAGGAACCACCCUUUCCAGUGAGCGUGUGAAGUUUGAGAGCUGCCUGCACAACCGGGAGGUGGUCUUUGUGAGCAGCGACCCGGCCUUCAGCGUGCGCUCCGAUGGCUCCGUGUACGUGGAGCAGGAGGUGGCCAACCUGUCGAAGCCCGUCCAGUUCAUGGUCACGGCCCGGGGGCUCCGGGACACCCGGAUCUGGGAGACCACCGUGAAGCUGGCGGUGGCCGGCCACGCGCCCUCAAUACCUCUGACACAGGUCGGCAUUGAAGAGAUGCUGUCAAGAGCAUGGGACUCGCAGCCCAGACUCAUCAAGUUCCCCCGGAAGCAUCUGAGGAGCUCCUCCUCCAACAGUCUGCGGCGACAGAAGAGAGACUGGGUCAUUCCACCAAUCAACGUGCCCGAAAACUCCCGAGGGCCAUUCCCCCAGAUGCUUGUCAGGAUCCGCUCGGACCAGGACGUGACGGUGGGGAUUCGCUACAGCAUCACCGGGGCCGGGGCCGACCAGCCCCCCAGCGACAUCUACAGCAUAGACCCCGUCAACGGGAAGAUGUUCGUCACCAAACCCCUGGACCGGGAGGAGAGGGCCUCCUACCAUCUUCGAGCGCACGCGGUGGACAUGAACGGGAACCAGGUGGAGAACCCUAUAGACCUCUACAUCUACGUCAUCGACAUGAACGACAACAGGCCCGAGUUCCAGAACCAGGUCUACAACGGCUCCGUGGACGAGGGAUCAAAACCAGGCUCGUCGGUGAUGCAGGUGACCGCUGGCGACGCCGACGACUACACCACCGCCAAUGGCAUGGUGCGCUACCGCAUCCUGUCCCAGACGCCACACAACCCCAUCCCCAACAUGUUCACCAUCAACAGUGAGACGGGCGACAUCAUCACCGUGGCCGCCGGACUGGACAGAGAGAAAGUCUCCCAGUACACCAUCAUAGUCCAGGCCACGGACAUGGAGGGCAACCUGAACUACGGCCUCUCCAACACGGCCACCGCCCUCAUCUCCAUCACCGACAUCAAUGACAACCCUCCUGAGCUCACCGACAAAACGUUCUCGGGCGAGGUCCCUGAGAACAAGGUGAACGUGGUGGUGACCAACCUGACGGUGGUGGACCGCGACCAGCCGCACAGCGUCAACUGGAACGCCGUGUACCGCAUCGUCAGCGGCGACCCCUCCGGCCACUUCACCGUCCGCACCAACCCCGUCACCAACGAGGGCAUGCUCACCGUUGUCAAGCCCGUGGACUUUGAGAUGAACCGGGCCUUCAUGCUGAUGGUGGUGGUCUCCAACCAGGCCCACCUGGCCAGCGGCAUCCAGUCCUCCCUGUCGUCCACUGCGGGGGUCACCAUCUCGGUCCAGGACAUCAACGAGCCCCCCGUCUUCCCCGUCAACCCCAAGCUGAUCCGCUUCGAGGAGGGCGUGCCGGCCGGGACCUCGCUCACCGUGUUCUCGGCUCAGGACCCCGACCACUUCAUCCACCAGACCGUCAGGUACUCCAAGCUGUCCGACCCUGCUAACUGGCUGAGGAUCAACAGGACCAACGGUCAGAUCAGCACCAUGGCCCUGUUGGACCGGGAGUCCAUGUAUGUGAAGAACAACGUGUACGAGGCCACCUUCCUGGCCUUCGACAAUGGUAAGUCUGGCGCGCCCCAGGCCAGCGGUACGGGGACCCUCCAGAUCUACCUGAUCGACGUCAACGACAACGCCCCGGUGCUGAUGCCCCGCGAGGGCCAGGUGUGCGAGCGCGCGCGGCCCGCCUCCCGCGUCAACAUCACGGCCUCGGACGCCGACGGAGACCCCAACGUGGGGCCCUUCGUCUUCGAGCUACCCUCCUUCCCCGCCAGCGUCCGGCGCAACUGGACCGUGUCCCGGCUCAACGGCGACUACGCCCAGCUGAGGCUGAAGAUCCCCUACCUUGAGUCCGGGUUCUACGACAUCCCCGUGUUCGUGUCCGACUCGGGGAACCCGCCGCUCUCCAACCGCUCGGUGAUCCGCAUCAAGGUGUGUCCGUGCGACGACAACGGAGACUGCAGCGCCACCGGGGCGGUGGCGGCGGCCGGCCUGGGCACCGGCGCCAUCAUCGCCAUCCUCAUCUGCAUCAUCAUCCUCCUCACCAUGGUGCUGAUCUUCGUCAUGUGGAUGAAGAGGAGGGAGAAGGAGCGCCAGGCCAAGCCCUUGCUCAUCGACCCCGAAGACGACGUUCGAGACAACAUCCUCAAGUACGACGAGGAGGGAGGUGGCGAAGAGGACCAGGACUAUGACCUGAGCCAGCUGCAGCAGCCCGAGUCUCUGGAUCACAUCAUCAAUAAGCCGGCGGGGGUGCGCCGGGUGGACGAGAGGCCCGUGAUCGCAGAGUCCCAGUACCCCGUCCGGCCCAGCCUGCCUCACCCCGGGGACAUCGGAGACUUCAUCAUCGACGGUCUGCGGGCGGCGGACAACGACCCCACGGCGCCGCCCUACGACUCCCUGCUGGUGUUCGACUACGAGGGCAGCGGCUCCACCGCCGGCUCCGUCAGCUCCCUCAACUCCUCCAGCUCCGGGGACCAGGACUACGACUACCUCAACGACUGGGGCCCGCGCUUCAAGAAGCUGGCCGACCUCUACGGCGGAGGGGAGGAGAACUGAGGUAGAGGAGGAGGAGGGGGAG